UACUUAGGCACUAUUCUCUACCUAAGUACCUUGAGGCUUGAGUAAAACGCCGGCACGUAUUUAGUUCACCCACCCUGUCUUCAGGCGGCGCCACCAUUUACUUUGACAACGGCACAUUUUGGGGCAGCGACGCGAAGGAGCGAGUCGUGUUUGGAGACAGUUUCACUGUAUUUGCGCAUUGUGGUUGUACAUUCACAUCUAGACAGACCACCAGUGUUAUAUUCCGAGUGACAACGAACCACAGACUUGUAGAAUGUCUGUCUGUGCAAAGCUUGCGUUCUUAUGCUUUAGUUGUAUUUUGUUUAACGCGAUUUUAACCAAUUCAGAAAAGAGCUGGAAAGAUAAAGAUGUUCGCGAUUACUCGGACGCCGAUGUGGAACGUUUGUUAGAGCAGUGGGAGGAUAACGAUGAGGACGAACUAGAACCGGAUGAACUACCCGAAUGGAAGCGACCGGAGCCAGCUGUUGAUCUAACAAGCAUCGAUCCGAGCGAUCCUGAAGGUCUAAUGAAGCUGACGAAGAAAGGCAAAACUCUAAUGAUGUUCGUCUCUGUCUCAGGUGGUCCGACGCGUGAAGAGACGGAAGCAAUCACGCAGCUUUGGCACACAAGUCUGUUCAAUGCAAACUAUGAGAGCCAAAGGUUUGUGGUAGAUGACAACAGAGUGAUUUUCAUGCUUAAGGAUGGCUCAAAAGCUUGGGAUAUCAAGAACUUUCUAGUCACUCAGGAUAGGUGUGAAGAAGUUACAAUUGAACAACAGAUCUAUUAUGGCAAAGCUUCCCCACUCUACAAGGUUCAGCAGAAGGAAAAACGUCCCGAUAUUAGAGGUAAAGAGGAGUUUGCAAAAAUACUGAAGGAACAGGAGACAGACGAAGAGCCAGCCGAAGAGCCAGUUGAAGAAAUAUCAAAAAAGGAGAAAUAUGAAAAAGACCGGCUACAACAGAAAACAGAGGUAAACAGGCUGAAAGAACAAAAGAUAGAAAUUGAGACCAAACUCAAAGAGCUACAAAAGCAGUCUCAGAAACAAAGCAGUACACCCGAACAUACAGAUAAAAGUCCCGAUAGCAUAGAUAUCGAGAACAAUAUAGAAAGGCUGAGGGAUGAAAAAAUUAAAGCUGAUGAGGCAUUGAAUGAAAUGAAAGAGCAAAUGAAGAAGAGCAAGCAAGAGCAGAAAGAGUUUAUUAUGAAUGCGAUGGACCAGAAGCAAAAGCAAGCGGAAAGCAUUAGAGUAAUUAAGGAGGCCAAUGCCAAGGAAAAUGAAAAGAGACAAAAUGCAAAAAAAACAGAGCUGUAGGGCACGUGUAAAAUGUAGGGAAAUGAAUGCCUUUGCUUUUUUACAUAGUUUUUGUACAUGUUGCAGCUAUCCUAUUUCGCUUCAUUCUAGUUAAUUAGGUAAUAUUACCUAAAUUUCAUAAAAGUUGUUUAAAUAAUUUUUUCUUCAACACUGACAGAUAUUUGUUAACAAUAACAACUGUUAUAACUGGAAAAAAUUUAUUAUAUUUUGAAAUAAAAAUGAUAUUAUAUAAUAUUUUGA